AUGGUUCUUGAUACAAAAAUAUGCAUAAAAAACCUGGUACCGCGGGAUACGUCUUAUUACGGCCAAUAUCAGAACUUGACAGAUCCGAUGGCGGCUUCAGUCCGGCAUAACUAUGACAUGCUAUGCCUAAUAUUACACGAGGCCGCCGGCAGUAAAAUGGAAGUACACCAGGACCAAACCGAUUUCACCGUUCACGCCAUCCAUCAGGUAACGAAGACGUCGGACGACGGCAAAAGACCCGAAUUAAUCGAUUCGCGCGGUCCGUCCGCGGCCAAUGAGAACAGGGUGCCGGCGAUGUUGGCACGUGAGGACGAAGAAAUGCCAGCUACGCAGGUGGUCUCGAACAUUCCGAUCGUGGUUCCUGCUGCAGGAGAAAAACCCGGGCGGACAGAAAAAGCGGCGGCCGUGGACGUUACAGAAGACAAACCCGGGCGUAAUGAAAAAUCAGCAAGUUGCCCGGACCUCAAGAGCAUUGUGAAGCUGUCGAGGCUAUGCAACGUUUUGAACGCGAACGUAAUGGAAUUAAAAUCGUUUUACGAGAACGAAGGGUAUUCGUAUUCUAAGGUGGAACAUGCUGUUAUGAAUUUGGGACUCCAGUCGCUAUUAAACGACAUGCCAAACUUGCUGAGUGCUUUGAACGAAAUCGAUGGACACCGCGAGAAAAUUCAGGAAAUGCUUGAAAUGUACAGUUCUUACGAGUCCCGGUACAGGGAGCUGAGAAAGAUUUGUUCGAGAACGAAAUCACGGGAAAAAACCACCCGUACGAUACGUAACGACGACAAACACGGUCUGUGCACAGCCACCAAGGAAUAUGCGCGCGGUUUAUUCAACGAGUGUUGUAUACUGUGA